AUGAAUAUGGAGAUUACUAAUUUGAAAAGCUAUAAGGAACUUGUCGAAUUAAGCGCUGAAGAAAAAACAAAGGAUCUAAAGGACUAUUUGAAUGAUAAGAAUAGAUCCGAAUUGUUAAUAAAGAAGUUUAAGAAUUUUUACAUGGAUUUAUCUCGUCAGAGGUAUAGCGAAAAGACUUUAAACAAAUUAAUUGAAUAUGCUGAAGAGGUAGAUUUGAAGAAGAAAGUUGAGAAAACAUUUAGUGGGGAGAAAAUUAAUAUGACUGAGAAUCGUAGUGUUUUACAUACAGCAUUAAGAAUACCAAUAGAGAAAAUAAAUACACAUAAAAUAAUAAUUGAUAAUAAGAAUGUGUUGGAAGACGUACAUGGAGUAUUAAAAAAAAUAGAGAAAUAUUCAGAUGAUAUUAGAAAUGGAGUAAUUAAAACUUGUAAAAAUACAAAAUUUAAAAAUUUAAUUUGUAUUGGAAUUGGAGGUUCUUAUUUAGGUACUGAAUUUGUAUAUGAAGCUAUGAAAUAUUAUUAUUAUAACAUGGAAUUAAAUAAGAAUGAGAAGGAUAAAGAAAAUAAUUUUAAUAAUGAUUAUUAUCAAGAUAAUGUAUUUAAUGUAAGGUUUUUAGCUAAUGUAGAUCCAAAUGAUGUGAAUAGAGCAAUACAGAAUUUAGAUCAAUAUGAUACUUUAGUUAUUAUAAUAUCGAAAACAUUUACAACUGCUGAGACUAUGUUAAAUGCCAGAUCAAUAAAGAAAUGGUUAAGUUUAAAAAUAAAAGAUGAUGAAAGUUUAAGUAAACAUAUGGUAGCUGUAAGUACUAAUUUGAAAUUAACAGAUGAAUUUGGAAUAUCAAGAGAAAAUGUAUUUGAAUUUUGGGAUUGGGUAGGAGGUAGAUUUUCUGUUACUAGUUCUGUUGGUAUAUUACCUUUAUCUAUAGCAUUUGGUUAUAAAAAUAUGAGGAAUUUUUUAAAUGGUUGUCAUGAUAUGGAUGAACAUUUUUUACAUACAAAUUUAAAAGAAAAUAUACCUAUCUUAUUAGCAUUAACUAGUUUUUAUAAUAGUCAAUUUUUUGAUUAUAAAAAUGUUGCUAUAUUACCUUAUUUUCAAAAUUUAUUAAAAUUUUCAGCACAUAUUCAACAAUUAUCUAUGGAAAGUAAUGGAAAAUCAGUAGAUAGAAAUAAUAAACCAAUUAAUUAUAACACUUGUCAAGUAUAUUUUGGUGAACCUGGUACAAAUGGUCAACAUAGCUUUUAUCAAUUAAUACAUCAAGGACAAAUUAUACCUGUUGAAUUAAUUGGAUUUAAAUAUUCUCAUUUCCCAAUUAAAUUCGACAAAGAAGUUGUAAGUAAUCAUGAUGAAUUAAUGACUAACUUUUUUGCACAAGCUGAUGCAUUAGCUAUUGGUAAAACAUACGAACAAGUAGAACAAGAAAAUGAAAAAAAUAAAAUGUCUCCAGAAUUAUUAACUCAUAAAGUGUUUACUGGUAAUAGACCUUCAACCUUAUUAUUAUUUGAUGAAUUAAAUUUCUAUACAUGUGGUCUAUUAUUAUCAUUAUAUGAAAGUAGGAUAGUCGCUGAAGGAUUUCUCUUAAAUAUUAACAGCUUUGAUCAAUGGGGUGUAGAAUUAGGUAAGAUUCUAGCAAAAGAAGUAAGAAAUUAUUUUAAUGAUACAAGAAAUCAAAAGAAAUCAGAUAAUACUUAUAAUUUUAAUGAAUCUACAAAAAUAUUAUUAAAUUAUUACUUGUCCAAAUAA